GGGCCGGCCGUGUUGUCAGUGUCAGCUCUGCGCACGCAGCCCUCCGGGAGCCGGUGCCGGCCUGUGAGCCACAGCGUCUCUGCAGACAAGUCUCCGCCCGGGUCCGGCGGGGCCCCCGCCGUGGGAGGAGUCGGGCGCUGGCCGGCGACUAACCCGGUCGCACUGGUGGAUCAGCCGAGGAGGGCCCCGGACUACGGAGAGAGGGACUCCGGCGUCGCGACCCCCAAGGAACCUCCUCUCCUCGAUCUGUGGCACCCACUAGUCCCGGGCACUCAAUCCCGGAGAGCCCCCAAUCCCGCGCGCCCAGCCCCGGGGGAGCCCGCCCCCGCCCCACGGCCCGCUCGGGCCAUGCUCCCCCGGGGCAGCGGCUGAGCCUGAGCUGGAACCGGGACCGGAGCCCGCGCGGAGCAUGGAUCCGGGUUGGGGGCAACGGGACGUGGGCUGGGCAGCCCUGCUGAUCCUCUUCGCCGCCUCACUGCUCACGGUGUUGGGCUGGCUGCUGCAGUAUGCCCGGGGCUUGUGGCUGGCGCGGGCCCGCGGGGGCCGGGGCCAGAGACCCGCCUUCGCUGCCGAGCCCGCCGGCUCCCUGCGGGAGCUGGGCGUGUGGCGCUCGCUGCUGAGGCUAAGGGCGACACGGGCCGGCGCACCCGAGGAGCCAGGCGUCCGGGGCCUUCUGGCAUCUCUCUUCGCCUUCAAGUCUUUCCGGGAGAACUGGCAGCGGGCUUGGGUGCGAGCGCUGAACGAGCAGGCCUGCAGGGAUGGGAGCUCCAUCCAAAUCGCCUUUGAGGAGGUGCCCCAACUCCCACCCAAAGCCAGCAUUAGUCAUGUGACCUGCGUAGACCAAUCAGAGCGCACCAUGGUGCUGCACUGCCAGCUCUCUGCUGAGGAGGUGAUGUUCCCAGUCUCUGUGACCCAGCAGUCCCCCGCUGCCGUCUCCAUGGAGACCUACCACGUCACUCUGACACUGCCACCAACACAGUUGGAAGUCAACCUGGAGGAAAUCCCUGGCGAAGGCCUGCUUGUAUCCUGGGCCUUCACCGAUCGCCCAGAUCUCAGCCUGACGGUGCUUCCCAAGCUGCAGGCCAGGGAGAGAGGUGAGGAGCAAGUAGAGCUUUCUACUAUUGAGGAGCUGAUUGAGGAUGCCAUAGUCAGCACCCAGCCAGCUAUGAUGGUCAACCUUAGGGCUUGCUCUGCCCCUGGGGGCCUGGUUCCCAGUGAGAAGCCACCCACGGCGCCCCAGGCCCAGCCAUCCAUCCCCAGACCUAUCCGGUUAUUCCUAAGGCAGCUUCGAGCAUCUCACCUGGGAGGUGAGCUGGAAGGCACUGGGGAAGUGUGCUGUGUAGCUGAGCUUGACAACCCCAUGCAACAGAAGUGGACCAAGCCCACGAGGGCUGGGCCUGAGGUGGAGUGGAGCGAGGACUUGACACUGGAUCUGGGCCCCCAGAGCCGGGAGCUGAUCCUCAAAGUGCUGAGGAGUAGCAGCUGUGGAGACAUGCCACCCCUUUCCCCAGCUGAACUCCUGGGCCAGGCCACACUGUCUGUGGCCUCCCCUUCCAGACCACUGUCCCGAAGACAGGUAUGCCCACUCACCCCUGGGCCCGGGAAAGCCCUGGGGCAGGCAGCCACCAUGGCAAUAGAGCUUCAGUAUGAGGAGGGUUCCCCCCGGAACCUGGGCACUUCCACCCCCUCGACUCCACGCCCCAGCAUCACACCUACCAAGAAGAUUGAGCUGGACCGGACCAUCAUGCCGGAUGGCACCAUUGUCACCACGGUCACCACUGUCCAGUCCCGGCCCCGGGUAGAUGGCAAGUUAGACUCCCCCUCCCGCUCCCCGUCCAAGGUGGAGGUGACCGAGAAGACGACGACUGUGCUGAGUGAGAGUGGUGGCCCCAGCAGCACGUCCCACAGCAGCAGCCCAGGGGAGAGCCACCUUUCCAACGGCCUGGACCCUGUAGCAGAGACAGCCAUUCGCCAGUUGACUGAACCCAGUGGGCGGGCAGCCAAGAAGACACCCACCAAGCGUAGCACACUUAUCAUCUCGGGUGUUUCCAAGGUGCCCAUCGCUCAGGAUGAGUUGGCACUGUCCCUGGGCUAUGCGGCAUCCUUGGACGCCUCAAUACAGGAUGAUGCAGGGCCCAGUGAAGGUCCCUCCUCACCUCCCUCAGACCCCCCAGCCAUGUCCCCAGGACCCCUAGAUGCCCUUUCCAGUCCCACGAGUGUCCAGGAAGCAGAUGAGACAACACGUUCGGACAUUUCUGAGAGGCCCUCUGUGGAUGAUGUUGAGUCGGAAACAGGGUCUACUGGUGCCCUGGAAACCCGCAGUCUCAAGGAUCACAAAGUGAGCUUCCUGCGCAGCGGCACGAAGCUUAUCUUCCGCCGGAGGCCACGUCAGAAGGAAGCUGGUCUGAGCCAAUCACACGAUGACCUCUCCAACACGGCGACCACACCCAGCGUCCGAAAGAAGGCUGGCAGCUUUUCUCGGCGUCUUAUCAAGCGCUUUUCCUUCAAAUCCAAACCCAAGGCCAAUGGCAACCCCAGCCCUCAGCUGUGAGGGCCCUGUUCACCUUCUGAGCUAGGAGAGAGCGGGAGUCCUCUCAGCCCUUUCCCCACGUUCCCUUCCAUUCCCCUCCCUGGAUUCCCAACAGCCUGGGCCAGGGAAGCCCCCUGAGUUCCGGGAAGCCCUGUCCACCCUGGGCUGUGGGGCCAGCUGGAAGGGUACUUGCAACGGGAAGCGUGUGAGAAGUGGACGCCCGUUGCCAAGGACGUAGAAGAGGGAGUGGGUGGCUGGGAGCAAGAGGAGGCUCAGUCCUGACACCUGUGGGCAUUCCUCAGACUCCUUUGCCUGCUGUUGACACCCACCCCCUCAGAGGAGUCCCAGGGUGCUCAGCUCCUCAGAUGAUCCUUCCUCCCUUAUUUAUUCUCUUUUCUAUUUAUAUGUGUGGUCCCGGACCCUCAGUGAACAGUUGAUAGAGGGCAUCUCUCCCGGUGACCCUUCUCUCCUGUCCCAGGAGGGUUGGCAAUUCCCUUUGGGAUGGGGCUCCCACACCUCCCUCAGGUCCCCACCCUGACCAGCACCAGUGUCUGCCUCUGAGGACAUUGGCAGCUCAUAGAAUGCCGGGCCGGUGCCCGGGAUGGGGGGCAGGUACUCCCCACUCCCUGCCUCCCCUUCUGCUCCUCAUCCUUCCCUCCCCCUUUAUUACCAUUUUUGUACUUGAUGCCUUCUCUGUGAGCAGUGGCUCUGUUGGAAGGAGGGAGCCAGGAGCCUGCUGGGAAGCCUUCCCCAGAGAGAUGGCUUUAGGAGUUUUAUUUACAGACUGUGUGAUGAUGGAGCAAGAGCAGGGUUGCCCCUCUGUGCAGUGGGAGAUGAUGAUGUCCAUUGCUGUGUGAUGGCUUGGAAUUUAAUUUAUUAAAGUCAAACUGGAGUUUAUAAA